AUGUCCAGGUCUGUGCAAGGCAAGAGUGCGAUUGUGACAGGCUCAAGCAGUGGGAUCAACCUAGCCUUCGCCGCACUACUCCUGGCCAAAGGCUGCAAUGUUGCCUUUGCUGAUCUUACACUGAGGCCGGAAGCCCAAGACGUUGUAAUGAGGCAUGCACAGGCAGCGCCAGGCAAGGGGCGCGCUGUGUUCCAGCAGACGGACGUGCAGGGGUGGACGUAG